GUCGGAUUCGCGAAACUGUAGCAAAAACAUGGCCAAUAAAUCAACUUUUGUCCUUCUUCUCCUUGUUGCCGUUUUGCUGUGCACGUGGAUGGUCGAAGGUAGGCCCCAAAUUAAGACUUUCUUCUCCAUUUACAACCAUCGACCUUACUUUGGAGAUGCGGGAGUGGCGAACUACGACGUCAAAUCGUUUGGAACAUUUGGGUCACCUAAUUCAUUCGGAGAACAUUUUUAACGACCACUUUUUGACCAUGUCGCUGAAUAUUUAUGAACUGUACACCUCUCAUUAUAAUGCAAUUUCUUAAUA